UCAAAUCGACUCAUCAUUUCAACCAAGCAUAAUAUGACAAUCACCAGCCCAUGUGCCAAAGCUUCAAAAAUAUUUCAAAAGCAUUCAUCUGUAUUUCCAAAUACACGAACAGUAAAGAGGCUUGCCGUGCAGACGAAGAGUGAUUAAAAUGGUAUCAUCCAAGAUUUCUCAGGCGAUAUGGCUUGCAUUUCUUAUCAUUGGAGUAACAAAUGCUGAUAUUUCUGGAAAACCGAUUUUGAUAAAUGAACUGAACGCAGCUCAACCACCGUCCGAAACUCUGGAAUACGUAGAACUUUACAAUACAAGCCCAAUGGACAUUGUCAUGGACAACUACACAUUAAUAUUUCAUAAUGGAGAAACAGGAGGACUACCAUACAGAACCAUAGAGCUGGAUGGCUAUUGUAUAAGUGGUCUGGGCUACUUUGUAAUUGGCUCUAAAUCCAUGACCAACCCAAAAGCAAACAUCGAGUUCCCCCCACCUAGCAAUAAUAUACAAAAUGCAGAUUCUACGUAUCCUGAUGGUGUCGGCUUAUACUAUGGAGACACUUCAAAUACAGCAAAUAUAGUUGACUUCAUUGCAUACAGCAUCUACGCCUCUCAAACCGAUGCUGGUCCUUUUUACCCGGAUUACCUCCCUCAAAAUGCCAUUGCUAUCGAAGACCCUGCAUAUGGUGCAGAUGACGAGUCACUAAAUAGAUGUAAUGGCAAUGCGGUGAGGGACAUGACACAGUUCGAAACGAGACACCUAAGCCCUGGUACAGUGAACCUUUGUGAUGGGAGCCUUUCUCCAAUCAGUGUCCCGCCGAUGGCCUCUGAGAAGCUGAACAACUGUGACGUUAAUGCAGAAUGUUCUACUGGUUUGGAUGGAAGUGCUAAUUGUACUUGCAAAU